GACGAGGCUGGGUAACCUCUAGCAAACUUUGCUGCAUAAUGCUGCCUCGAGAGUAUAGGUCUGUGAAGCAUAAUAUAAAGGAGCAUUAUCACCUGGCUGGUUGUGGCAGUGACUGGCAUGGUUAGGGUGCCAACCAUCGUGAAGAUAUCAGUGAGAACCGUUGACUUGGACGCAGGCACAUGCUUGCUGCUGGGUGAACAAAUGCAUAGUGUGCAAGCACAGGUGCCCUUCCUGCCUUACACCUUCACUCUCGGCCUCUUGGCUGUAAGGGUUUUCUCGCUGUUUCAAGGCUGUUCUCGAUGGGUUAAAAAAUGUCUGGUGGAGGAGGAGGGGACAAAACUGGACCUGGACCUAUCCCUCCAAGAUGGCUCAACUGUCCACGUAAAAGUCAUACUCUUAUUGGAAAUAAAUUUUUGGCCUUCAAAACUCCUCUCAGCUCAAAGUUUGAUGAUCAGGUACCACCUGAACAUAGAUUUUCUCCUGCAAUGCUCUUUGACUCUAUGAAAAGUUACAAGGUAAAAAUUGGUUUAUGGAUAGACCUCACCAAUACAACAAGGUUUUAUGAUAGUAAUGAUAUAGAGAAGAAAGGUGCACGCUAUGUGAAGCUGAAGUGUCGAGGGCAUGGUGAAUGUCCUAACCAAGACCAAGUCAAUGCUUUUUCUGACAUCUGUGACAAGUUUAUUAGAAAAAAUCCACUUGAAAUUAUAGCAGUUCACUGUACCCAUGGAUUUAAUCGAACUGGGUAUUUGAUUGCUUCAUAUUUUAUUAUUAAAGAAGACUGGGGUAUUGAUCUUGCCCUCAACGAGUUUUCAAAAGCAAGAGAGCCAGGCAUCUACAAGGGAGAUUACAUACGUGCACUUUAUGAACGUUGUGGGGAUGAUGUUAAUGAUGCUCCACCACCCCCAGAGCUUCCAGACUGGUGUAAAGAAUUUGAUGAUAGUAGUUUAGAUGACGAUGGUGAAUCUAUAAAAAGCAACAGAAAGCGCGAAUGGAACAAGAAAGACCCACAUUUCAUGGAGGGUAUUAAAGGUGUGACAGCUAUAACUCAGCAGCCAAAGCUGGAACAAAUACAAAAAAGAAUACAACAGAUGUGUGGUUGGACAAGCACUGGAUUUCCUGGAUGUCAACCUGUUAGCAUGGACAUGGAUAACAUAUCCUUCAUUCGUGAUAAUCCUUAUAAAGUUUCAUGGAAGGCUGAUGGAACAAGAUACAUGAUGCUCAUUGCUGGCCGUCAUGAAGUGUAUUUUGCUGACCGUGACCACAGUAUAUUCCAAGCACCAGAGAUUGAGUUUCGACUGAAACAUGACCUGAUGGUUCACCUUUCUGAUACGUUGGUUGAUGGGGAAAUGGUAAUAGACACUGACCCAAACUCUGGUGCAAAGUACCCACGAUAUCUUAUAUAUGAUGCUGUUAGAAUUCAUGGUAGAGAUAUUAUGAGGGACACAUUCCAUAUGAGAUAUGAACGCAUAAUGACAGAUAUCAUUAGCCCCAGAAAUGCUGCUAUAGAAAAGCGCCUCCUAAAUAAGCAGAAGGAAACGUUUGGAGUACGUAGGAAAGACUUUUGGGAUGCCAAUUUGUAUUGGACACACAAACUUCUAAGUUCAGCAUUUCAAUCGAAGCUUUGCCAUGAACCCGACGGGCUCAUCUUUCAGCCAGAAGCAGAUCAUUAUGUUCCUGGAAGAUGUGACCUCGUUCUGAAGUGGAAACCUCUGAGUCAUAACUCCGUUGACUUUAAAUUAAAAAUUGUAAAAAAAAGCGGCAUAGGGAUUCUCACAGCGAAUGUAGGACAGCUGUAUGUUGGUGGUUUAGCAACACCAUUUGCCGAGAUGAAGAUUACUAAAACACUUAAAGACUAUAACAACAAGAUUAUAGAAUGCAAGUAUGAGAAAGAGAAGAACACUUGGGUAUUCAUGCGAGAACGUACUGACAAGUCUCAUCCAAAUAGUUACACCACAGCUAUGGCUGUGUGUAACAGUAUAAAAAAUCCUGUGACUCAAGAGUAUCUUCUAACUUACAUCAAAGAACAAGGUUUCAAAAAACUAGACAGAGAUUUGAUGCCUCCUCCACCCGCUAAACGGCAGAAACAAUGAAUACUGAACAUGUACAAGUUUGUGGCUUCUAACAGAUUCCUAUUUUGAGUAAGAAAUUUGACAUUUAGGUAUACAGUAUUAAGAACUGCAUUCAAGGUAUUGUGGUUUCUACAAAGAUGAAGUCUCUGUACAGGAAAUGCUGAUAGGUAUUUCUAUCAAACCCAAUAUUAAUGGCUCAAUUUUUGGUUAUUGCUGCCUCCUUUUUCCCUUAUGGCUUUCAAGAUCAUUUUUAAUCCCUGUAUUACAGUGAGUCAUCAUCCAGAUUUUAUCGUAAAUUUAUUUUACAUCUUUUAUAAGAAAACAUGUGAAAAAUUGUAAAUCUUAAUUUGUACAUUUUAAAAUAUAUCUAAGGAAUGUUGAAUUUAAUUGGAAAGUAAAUUUAAAUACAAUUUUUUUUCCAACUAACGUUCAACUUUCAGUAAAGUUCUCCAUCUUGGUUGACAGGUCUAAAGAAAAAACUAACUCACUCAUUUUGUUAUGAAUGGCAGACCUACCAAGUCAUAACUUAAUAAAAAAAAAAUUACAGCAUUUA